AUGCGUCACGUAGACAUGAGCAGCGAGCCGUUCACAGUCUCCGUUGCUGAUGACCGCCCCUCUCCUUUCCUCGGCGGUGAUAUAGGAGUGGGUGGACUCAGAGGGCCUUCCGCCGACCCUCCCUCCGCUCUGCCCCCGCGCAAGCUGCCUCGGCGCCCACCGGACCUCUCCUCCCGCCUCGCCGCCGUGCUGCAAAACAUCAACCCCCCCCGCCUUGCGCCCUUCCCUGGGCAACCCCUCCCCUUCUCGCCCAAGCCGGGCCUUCCUUCUCCUGCCACGCCCGCAGCUCCCACCUCGCCUGCAGCUCCCGCUGCCACUGCGUCUACCACUGCAGCUCAGUCUGCAGAUAACCGUGCAGCAAGCAGGGCGUCCCUCCCCGUUCCCCACGUUGCUGCAUUCGGCCCCGAGAGGCCUCUGCGAGUGGAUGUGUCGGGCAUGCUGCCGCAGUCCGUAUGUGGCGCGAGGGAGGGCAUGCUGAAGCAACAGCUCAUGGCUCUCGCUGAAGCCAUGGCCGUUGGUGACUCGGUGCGGUGGUGGGACUGCAUGCGCCAUGUUGUCCUGUCCAAACGCCCUGAUGUCGCUACACUGGCGAAUCAUCCCUUCCCUUCCACCAAACCCCUACCCCACCAGGUGCGCUGGCGGCACUUCAAGCACCAGGUGCGGUGGCGGCAGUUCAUGCGGCAGGUGCGGAGGGAGGCGGCAGCGGGGGGGGACACGCUGCAGCGCAUUGCCUUCCACGCGCUGGAGGCGCUGCAGGCGCGCAUGGAUGGCACCGCGCUCACUCGCUGGCAAGCCCCCUUGAAAGUCACCCUUCAGGUACAUCCUUUCCGCACUCCCCACCUUCCCCUCUCCCCAUCUUCCCCACCUCACCACCUUCCCCUCUCCCCAUCUUCUCCACCUCCCCACCUUCCCCACUCCCCCUCUCCCCCCUCCCCCACAUGUCAUGCCAUGUGGCCGAUGCAUGCCACGUGUCCACUGCAUGUCAUGUGCCCCAUGCACGCCGAUUUGAUGGCAGCGAUGGGCCACGGCAGCGAGCAUGGGAUGCCGACAUUCAUGCACCUCGCCAACAUUGCAGCCGUGCACGAAAUUCCUGCCUCAUUCCCUGCCUCUGCCCCGGCCUCUGCCGGCCACUCCGUGCGGCGGCGGCGGCUGCACAUCAUAGCCAUGGGAUUCUACGGCGGGCCGCACUGGGUCAACAUCUUCUUGCGCCUCGCUGCCCACUUUCCCCCCACCCCCCCCUCCCGUGCUGCUGCCACCAAUGGGGAUGCACCUGUGGCAAGCAGCAAUAGCUCCACCAGCAGCGGCAACAGGAGCGGCAGCAGUGCUAGCACGCACCCCACAACCCCCCCCACACCUCUUUUACACGCUACCCCCCCGCCCCGCCUCAUGGCCCACGUGAAAAUCACAGCCGUUGAUUUCGGGAUCGUCAAAGUGGAGGAAAAUCCGACGGGCCUGGUGCAUCUGGGGGGGCGGUACCUGGAGCAGGUUGCAUCAAUGCUCGGGCUCUCCAUGUCGUUCCACGGCAUAGGAACAAACCUGCACGACUUCCACCCAUCACAAGUGGAGGUGGAUGAGGGCGAGGAGGUAGUGGUCCUGGCCAAUUGGGGCCUCAUGGUCUUCCCAGACGACACAGUGCUUCGCUCCAACCCCCGCAACACGAUUCUCAAGUGGAUCCGCGACCUGCGCCCGCUGCUCCUCCUGCAGGUAGACAUUGAUCUCGACGCCAACGGCCCCUUCUUUCUCUCGCGCUUCCACGCCGCAUUCGCCAACUUCGCGGCGUGUGUCGAGUCGUUUGAUGCUUCCAUGCCACACUCCACCACGUCACGCUUCAUCGUGGAAAGCAUCCUGGCGCGGGACUUUAUAAAUGGAGUCGCAUGCGAGGGCAUGAACAGGUGGCUGCGGUCGGAGCGGCUCGAGAAAUGGGUGCAUCGGAUGAGAGCGGUGGGGCUGGAGCCGGUGCCGAUAGGGCCGGACACAGUGGCGGCUGGGAGGGAGGCCACGGAGGGGAGGGACAAGAGGUUCCGGCUGGAAGUGCAUGGCGAUUGCAAAUCUGCAGUGUGGACACACAUCGGUAUGCGGAUCGAUGUGCCUAAACCGCGGUCCUCCCCCGCCCAGCGCCCCUCGCCCUCCUUCGGGGGUGAUAUAGGAGUGGGCGGGCUCAGGGGGCCUUCCGCCGUCCCUCCCUCCGCUCCGCCCCGGUGCAAGCUGCCUCGGCGCCACCCGGACCUCUCCUCCCGCCUCGCCGCCGUGCUGCAAAACAUCAACCCGCCGCGCCCUGCGCCCUCCCCCUGGCGAACCCCCUCCAGCUUGCCCAAUCCGGGCCUUCAUUCUGCUGCUACGCCCGCAGGCAUGCUGCCACGGCCCAUGUGUGGCGCGAAAGAGGGCAUGCUGAAGCAGCAGCUCUUGGCUCUUGCUGAAGCCAUGGCUGUUGAUGACUCGGUGCGGUGGCGGCAGUUCAUGCGGCAGGUGCGGAGGGAGGCGGCAGCGGGGGGGGACACGCUGCAGCGCAUCGCCUUCCACUCGCUGGAGGCGCUAGAGGCGCGCAUGGAUGGCACCGCACUCACUCGCUGGCGCUCCCCCUUGAACAUCACCCUUCAGGAUUCGGUGGCAGUGUUGGGCCACGGCGGCGAGCAUGGAGUGCCGGCAUUCAUGCACCUCGCCAACAUUGCAGCCGUGCACGAAAUAGUCCGCGCAUUCACCCACCAAUCAUGCGCACACACACACCCAAAUAGUCCACACCCCCAUACUCCUCCCCUCCCCCUGGCGGCCUCUUUCCCUGCCUCUGCCUCUGUCGGCCACUCCGUGCGGCGGCGGCGGCUGCACAUCAUAGCCAUUGGACUUUACGCCGGGCCGCACUGGAUCGAGAUCUUCAUGCGCCUCGCUGCCCACUUCUCCUCAACUGGGGGAGCUGUUGAUUUUGGGUUCGUCAGUCUGGAGGAGUAUCCCACAGGCCUGGUGCAUCUGGGGGGGCAGUACCUGGAGCAGGUGGCAUCUAUGCUCGGCCUUUCCCUGUCGUUUCAAGGCAUGGAAACCACCCCACACGACUUCCACCCGUCGCAAGUGGAGGUGGAUGAAGGGGAGGAGGUGAUAGUGCUGGCCAAUUGGGGCCUCAUGGUCUUUCCAGACGACACAGUGCUUCGCUCCAAUCCCCGUAACGCAAUUCUCAAGUGGAUUCGCGACCUGCGCCCGCUGCUGCUCCUCCAGGUAGACGCUGAUCUAGAUGCCAACGGGCCCUUCUUCCUCGCGCGCUUCCACGCCGCGUUCGCCAACUUUGCGGCGCUCAUCGAGUCCUUUGAUGCCUCUAUGCCGCACGCCGCCACGCAGCGCUUCGUAGCAGAGUCCAUCCUCGCGCGGGACUUUAUAAACGAGGUGGCAUGCGAGGGCAUGAACAGAUGGCUGCGGGCGGAGCGGCUCGAGAUGUGGGUGCAUCGGAUGAAAGCAGUGGGGCUGGAACCCGUACCUUUAGGGCCGGACACAGUGGUGGCUGGGAGGGAGGCCACGGAGGGGAGGGACAAGAGGUUCCGGCUGGAAGUGCAUGGGGUGGGAGGGCUCAGGGGGCCUUCCGCCGAACCUCCCUCCGCUCCGCCCCCGUGCAAGCUGCCUCGGCGCCCACCGGACCUCUCCUCCCGUCUCGCCGCCGUGCUGCAAAACAUCAACCCGCCUCACUCUGCGCCCUCCCCGUGGCAACCCGUUCCCCACUCGACCGAGCCGGGCCUUCCUUCCCCUGCCACGCCCGCAGCUCCCGCUGUCACUGCGUCUACCACUGCAGCUCGGCCGUUCCCCAUGCCAGGAUCAUCCUCAGCAGUAGCUGCACCUGCAACAGCACCAUCAACAACAACAGCAGCAGCAGCAACAGCAGCAGCAGUGGCAGCAGCAGCAGUAGCGGUAGCAGUAGCUUCCGCGGUGUCUUGUAUAAAGGCGCCUGAGAGCAGUCUCGUGGUUGGAGGCAGUCGGGGAGACGCGAGUGGUUUCAUGGGCUCAACACUGCCCUCCUCUGCUGCUCGCACCAGCAACGCUGGUGCUUAUAGAUGUGCCCAGGGAGUGCGGCUAGCAUCCUUUUCGAGCAACAAUGCACUCAGGAGAAUUCGCCUCAGUGAGGCACGCAUUAACCCACGGAGCCUUGCCCCUGGGAGUGCAGCGCAGAGCGUAGCAAGCAGGGCGUCCCUCCCCGUUCCCCACGUUGCUCCAUUCGGCCCCGAGAGGCCCCUGCGAGUGGAUGUGUCAGGCAUGCUGCCACGGCCCAUGUGUGGCGCGAGGGAGGGCAUGCUGAAGCAGCAGCUCAUGGCUCUCGCUGAAGCCAUGGCCGUUGGUGACUCGGUGCGGUGGCGGCAGUUCAUGCGGCAGGUGCGGAGGGAGGCGGCAGCGGGGGGGGAUACAUUGCAGCGCAUCGCCUUCCAUGCCGUGGAGGCGCUGCAGGCGCGCAUGGAUGGCACCGCGCUCACCCGCUGGUGCACCCCCUUGAAUAUCACCCUUCAGCCGGCCUCUUUCCCUGCCUCUGCCUCAGCCUCAACCUUUGCAAGCCAGUCGGUGCGGCGGCGGCGGCUGCACAUCAUAGCCAUUGGACUCUACUGCGGGCCGCACUGGAUCCAAAUUUUCAUGCGCCUUGCUGCCCACUUCUCCUCCCCGCCUCUCCUCCCGGCCGCCGCCACCACAGCCAAUGGGCAUCCACCAAGUGGCAUCCCAGGUGGGGGACCAGGGGCAGUACCGAAUGCAGCUGGUGGGGGCGUGAGCGGUGUUCAGGGCAGAACAGGGGCGUUUGGGGCAGGUAUACCUGGGGGAGGUGCGGCCGCAGAUGCACCUGUGACAGGCAGCAAGAGCUUUACCAGCAGCGGCAGCACAAGCGGCAGCAGUGGGAGCACGCACCCCACCACUCUUCCUACACCUCCCCCGCCCCGCUCCACAGCGCAUGUGAAAAUCACAGCCGUUGAUUUCGGGAUCAUCAAAGUGGAGGAGCAUCCAACGGGCCUGGUGCAUCUGGGGGGGCAGUAUCUGGAGAAAGUGGCAUCUAUGCUCGGCCUCUCCCUGUCGUUCCAUGGCAUAGAAACCAACCCACUUGACUUCCACCCGUCGCAAGUGGAGGUGGAUGAAGGGGAGGAGGUGGUAGUGCUGGCCAAUUGGGGCCUCAUGGUCUUUCCAGACGACUCUGUCCUUCGCUCCAAUCCCCGCAAUGCCAUCCUCAAGUGGAUCCGCGACCUGCGCCCUCUGCUCCUCCUCCAGGUCGACAUUGAUUUGGAUGCCAACGGCCCUUUCUUCCUCUCGCGCUUCCACGCCGCCUUUGCCAACUUUGCCGCGUUCAUCGAGUCCUUUGAUGCUUCCAUGCCGCACUCUGCCUCGUCACGCUUUGCAGCGGAAACCAUUCUGGCGCGGGAUUUGAUGAACGGGGUCGCAUGUGAGGGCAUGAACAGGUGGCUUCGGUCAGAGCGGCUCGAGAAAUGGGUGCAUCGGAUGAGAACAGUGGGGCUGGAACCCGUACCUUUAGGGCCGGACACAGUGGCGGCUGGGAGGGAGAUUACAGAGGGGAGAGACAAGAGGUUCCGGUUAGAAGUGCAUGGUGAGACGGGCGCCCUGCAGCUCAGCUGGCGCGGCGUCCCGAUGAUCUUCGUCGCCGCCUGGAGAUGA